AUGAAUCGAAAUAUCCUAAAAAGUAUAGCUGUGACAUGUCUAUCGAAUACACGUGGUAUUAAGAAAUUUCAAUUUCCUGUAACUUAUGAAAAUGUUGUAUUUCCGGCUAAUGGUGAAUUAAAACUUCCUCCAAUGCCUGCGGUACCAAAUUAUAAUGCAGAAGCUGGAGAAAAAAAACAUAAGCAAACAAAAAGAAUGAUUGAAGCAAGAGGUGUAGAAGAAAUUCAUACAGAACUUAUUCACAAACAAUUUGGAUUAGCUGCAGUGACAGGAGGAUUUAUUAGUUCAAAAGAUUUUACAUUUGUGAUGGAACGUGUUAAUAAAAAUUUAAUAAAAAACCAAUUUGCAAUUUGGCGAGUUGAUCCUCCAUGGCUCCCAAGAACUAAAAAACCACAAGGAACAAAAUUAGGUGGUGGAAAAGGUGGAAUUGUUAAAUAUGUAACACCAGUACGUGCUAAUAGAAUUAUUCUUGAAGUUGGAGGACAUAUUACUGAAAUAGAAGCUAAAGCUUUUCUAUCAUACAUUGCCGAAAGAUUUGAAUUUCCCGCAGAAUUUGUCUCUCAUGAUAUGUUAAUGGAGCGUCGAAGAAGAGAACAAGAGAUUAUCGAAAAGAAUCAAAAUAAAUUUACAUGGGAUAACGUUAUAAAGUGGAAUAUGCAAAAUGCCAAUAGUUGGCUUUCACAAUAUGAUAUAAUUUGGAAAGGAAAAUAUAAAUAG